AUGGCUCUGAGUCUUCUAGUGGCCCUGAUCGACGCUCGCCUCAAAUGCUCGGCGCUGGGCUUGGCCUACUACCACGCCUUUCUGGACCUGUUCAGCAUCUUUCUCAUGGAGGCGUCCCCCCGAGUGACACGAUCUUCAGUGAAGCGCUGGAUCAUCGGCACCUGGUGGCUGGCCGUGCUCGUGCUCACCUCGGGCUUCACGGGUCACAUGAAGGCCAGUCUGACCAUGAAAGACGAAGGCGGCCGCCUAGACACCGUCCACGACAUCGUCGUCAGGCCCGACGUGGUCCCCGUCAUCAUCAAAGGCACUCUCUUCGUCGAGCUCUUUCGGGGCACUCUAGACAAAGACCAGCAAGCUGUGUGGGCCCGCGCUAACCGCAUGAAGAGCAUCAUCCCGCCCAAGCAGGUCUUUACACGGGAGACUUUUGACGACGUCCUUCUUGGCAAAAAGGUGGUGUUUCUGGAGCCGUCGCUGUUCUACUACGCCGUGUCCAACCUGUACAAGAGCCUGCCCAAGGGCGAGUUCUACCUGGCCCGAGAGAGGAUCACUAACAUCACCAUGAGCAUGUGGAUCAACAGGGGCCUGCCUUUCAAGCUACGCAAGGCACUGCAUCAGCGGACCCGGUGGAUCAUCGAGUCUGGCAUGCCCGAAAAGUUUCGGCUGGACCUCAUCGCCAAGUUGUCGCGCGGGACCGGUGGCGACCAGGAGUUGGGACCCGCGUUCAGCUUCCACGCCAUCAAAGUGGAGGACGUCAUGGGCCUGUUCUACCUCCUCCUCGUCGGCUUGGCCUUCCCUGUCUGUGCCUUCCUGGCCGAGCUAGUCGUCUACCGUCUCACUCGAAGGCACGCUACUCGUACGUCAUACAGAAGACACGGAGUUUCUCCGCGGACAUGACGUAGUUAUCCGCGGACACGCCUCAGGCACGUUAGGAGCACGCUUGCUUCAUGCGUAUGUAUGCUUUGAACCCGUCUGCUGACAGUCUCUGUAUGACCAAUGUGUUAAAGUCCAAAGAAGAAACACGCAUUUGAAAGUGUCUUAUUUUGUAUGAUGUGUUCGCAACAUGAGCCUGUACCACUGAUGUCUACUACAAGGGACGGCACGUCGCCGCUCUCAGAGCCGAGUGAAGCCAUCCAUAGUUGGAUGCUUUUCUCAGAAGUCGUGCAUCCACUGGGUUUCUUAUAGUGUAUUCAGUCGAUGUUUUGGUCACGCUUUUUUCUCGUUUCUAGGUGGCUUUUAAGA